CGGCGCUGUGGCGGAGGGCGGAGGGAGCCGAGCGGGCCGCAUCGUACGGCGGGGUCCGUGAGACAGUGUUGUCGGCACCGGCCGAUCGGCCGGCUGGGAAAAUGGCGAUAUCGCGAGGACUCUUGUGCUGCCAGCGGGUGUUGGCUUGGAUACCGGUGCUCAUCAUCACCCUGGUUGUGCUUUGGUCUUACUACGCCUAUGUGGUCGAGCUGUGUGUCUUUACUAUUCAAAAUGGUUUAGAAAAAGCUGCAUAUCUUGUGAUAUUUCAUUUAUUUUUUGUGCUGUUUGUGUGGACCUAUUGCAAGGCUAUUUUCACAGAACCAGCACAGCCUUCCCGAAAGUUUCAAUUGUCCAGAGCUGAUAGAGAGAGGUAUGAGCGAGAAGAGAGCCCCGAAGUACAAAAGCAAAUUCUGCUGGAUGCGGCUAAAAGGUUACCAGUAUACACCAGGACUGCAUCUGGAGCUAUCCGAUACUGUGACCGAUGCCAUUUGAUUAAGCCUGAUCGAUGUCAUCACUGCUCCAUCUGUGAAACGUGUGUAUUGAAAAUGGAUCAUCACUGUCCUUGGGUAAACAACUGUAUUGGAUUCUCAAACUACAAAUUUUUCCUGCUCUUUUUGGGAUAUUCCAUGUUGUAUUCCUUGUUCGUUGCUGCCACAGUUCUGCAAUAUUUCAUCAUGUUUUGGACGGGUGGUCUUCCAGAUGGUCCUGCAAAAUUUCAUGUUCUCUUUCUUCUUUUCGUGGCUGUCAUGUUCUUCCUCAGCCUCAUGUUCCUCCUCAACUACCAUUGUUGGCUGGUCAGUUUAAACAGGUCGACAUUAGAGGCCUUCUCAGCGCCAGUAUUUCAGCAUGGUCCAGAUAAAAAUGGUUUCAACCUUGGUUAUGGAAAAAACCUAGAGCAAGUCUUUGGUUCACAAAAGAAGUACUGGCUACUACCUGUCUUCACCAGUGUUGGAGAUGGCCAAUCUUUCCCCAUGAAGUCACAGUCAGAGAGUCAUAAUCCACUUCUCUCCAAUGAUGAGCAGUGGGGUGAGGGCGAUUCAGAUGUAGACUACUAUGCAGCCACAAGUGGAAAUACCUCAGUGACUGUAGAAAUGGAGAGCUAGCUGACUUUUGCUGCUGUUCAGCACCCACAGGUUAAUCCCCGGUGGCACAGUAUUAUUUGGUGUGAAAAUGUGAGAACCAAGGCUCCCUGAGGGACUUCAACAAAUGGGAUGGAACUGAGUAUUACAUGCCUUACAAUCUUCUGAAGAUCUUCUCAUUACAUGAUGUACAUUUAGGCUUUGGUUCGCGAACAACUACAUUUUCUAGGGGUGAUGGAGGAAUGGAAAGGGGACCAUUGUAAAUUCACUUACAAACUGAGUACCCAUGGGCAGGGGCUUGUAUGUAAAUAAUGUGCGUGUGAAUGAGGCUCUAUCACAGUUACCUGAAACCAACGCUGCGAUUAAUUUAACAUUGAUGUGUUGUAUUUAUCUCAUUAGGGCAAAGUGCUAAACAAAACUGUUCCUUGCAUUAAUGUUGCACGGGUAAGGUACAAAUAUCGAACUGUCAAGUGGAAAAAUCUGCAAUAUCUGUUCAACCAUGUGUUCGAACAAAAGAGCAAUGGAUUGAUUAUUUGCUGUGUUUAUAUGAAUUAAGUCAUUUCAAACCAGGUCAUUUUUUAAAUGUUUUUUAAAUAUGUUUAAAAGAUUCUUGAACUUAGCUAGUUUUUUUAUAUGUUUGUAACGUGAUGUAUAUAUAUUUUUAAACUAAUUUACCCUCAGAAUUAAAAUUAAAUAUAUUACUCCAAUGAGGGACCA